AAGUGUCUUCAUCAUCAUGUCCUCAUCAACAGUACAACAAAGGCGACGAAAGCCGAGAGUUGUGUAUACUCAACAAGAAGUAAAUAUUUUAGAAAGUGAAUUCAUUGCGUGUAAAGAUCCAGAUAAUAAUGAAAGACUUAGAAUCGCUAAUGAUUUGCGAAAAGAUGCUGAAGAGAUAAAGACUUGGUUUAAGAACCGCCGUUCAAGAGGUGCACCAGCUAAACCAUGUUCAAUUGUGUCACCAAAGUGUAAUCAAGUUCAAAACAUAAUGAUCUCACGUGAAAAAUAUGAUGUGCCAAAUGGAAACGAGAUGCAUGUUAGUCUUAAUGUGCUUGGUAAAAAUAAACGAAGUCGGAAAGAGCGCUAUGUAUUCAGUAAAGAUCAAGUACAAGGUUUAGAAGAAGCUUUCCGUCAUAUUGAUAAAUUGAAAAAGUUUUCGAUCCUUGAUAUGUAUCAACAGCUAUGGACAAAAUAA